AUGGAUUUCAGUUUAGAAGUGGCAAAAAAAGCUCUGAAUCAUAACUCAUCAUCAGUUAACAAAAACAUGAUUUGCUCUCCUUUCUCCAUUAGCACCACCCUCAACGCCUUAGUUGCCGGUGCGAAAGGCAACACCUUGGAGAAACUACUUGGCCUCCUCGGCUAUAAUAACAUGGAAGAAGUCAUUGCUAUGGCCUCUAAAUCGGCGUCUGUUGUUAAAUCCAACGGCGUUAGUGGUGGUGGACCGAUAAUUGCUUAUGCAAAUGGAGUAUGGUUGGAUAGGAAAUUUUCUCUUAAUAGUUCGUACAAAGAGUUUCUUCUAAGAAUUUUCGAAGUGCAACCGAAAGUAGUGGAUUUCCAAGCCAAGUUAUUCCUUGUGAAGCCUUAUGAAGUAGUGAAGGAUGUCAACUCCUGGAUUAACGAACAAACGAAUGGGUUCAUUCCAAAAGUGUUAUCUUCGAAUCACACUUUCAACCAAGACAUUGUAAUGUUUCUAGCCAAUGCAUUAUAUUUCAAAGGAAAAUGGGCUACGACUUUUGAUUCAUCCAUGACACAAAAUCGUCGAUUUCAUCUCCUUAACGGAGACACCGUGCAAGUUCCCUUGAUGAAAAAGUCGAAUUGCAUGUAUGAGUACGGCUCCUAUAAGGGUUGCAAGACUAACACGUGUGGUCUCCCUAAACUUAUGGAGAACAUCAAGUUGAGCAACAACAUGUUUGAUAAUGAACAAAUCAAGCUCACCAACAUCAAUAUAGGGAACGUUUUACUCCCAAAGUUUAAAUUCGAAAGCUCAAUUGAGCUUUCGAGUGUAAUGAAAGAAUUAGGGCUAACACUACCCUUUGAGUAUCCCGGGGAGCUUACUAAGAUUGUUGAUCUCCCAUCAGAAUUAAGUGAUUUGAUCUUUGUUUCGGAUAUUGUUCAAAGUUGUCGUAUCGAAACUAAUGAAACAGGUACGGAGGCAGCGUGCUUCACCAGGAAACGAUUUGCAACCGGGUGUGCUCCGCCAUCAUCCUUGGAUUUCAUUGUUGAUCAUCCUUUCAUGUUCAUGAUUAGGGAAGAUCACUUUGGCAAAAUACUUUUCAUGGGCACGGUUUAUAAUCCUUUACUGGAUUAAGGCAUAAUACAAGG